ACAAAAGUUGGUUAUUGGGGUGAAAAAAAGUAAAUAUUGGGACGCAAUUUUUGUUUUGAGGACUUCUUUUUCCCAAAUCAGGAAGGAAAAUCCAGAAAAUCUCGUGUGAAAAUGGUUGUUCCCAGUGGAAAUACAAUGAAGAAGGAGGAAGUGCUAAAGCUGAUGGAGGAAAAGACAAAACUGGAACGAAAAUUGGCGGAUUUCAAUCAAAUUCUCGAAGCUAAUAAUAUUGGCAUGGAUGAGUCCCUGUUGGAUGCUGAAGGAUUCCCACGGAGUGACAUUGAUGUGCAUCAAGUGCGCACAGCACGACACAACAUCAUCUGCACACGGAAUGACCUCAAGGGGCUCAUGGGGCAAAUUGAGCAGGGUUUGGAGCACUAUUUUGCCGAACAGCGACUAAAUGGUGCUGCUGCAUCCUCCUCGGGAACGUCUUCAACCACAAAACUAGCCAACUACGUUGAAAAUGGAGGUGUUGCUGUUAGCACGGAAGCUCCUGCUGCCACACAGAAUCCCAUCUGUAAGGUGAAUCUCGUGGCUGCUGGGGGUCCUGCUGAGCAGGCGGGCUUCCGUGUGGGUGAUGAGGUGGUUGAAUUUGGCACCCUGAAUGCCUCAAACUUCCGUGAACUCUCCCAAAUUGCGGACAUUGUGAAGAAUCAACAGAAUUCUGUGAUAAAAGUUCGCAUUCGCCGUCAGAAUCGCAUCCUGCCACUUGAGCUCAUCCCCCGGGUGUGGUCCGGACGUGGCCUCCUGGGCUGCAAUGUUCUCCCAAUGGAUUCAAUUGAACGCUAAACGAAUUUUUUCCUUUAAAAAUGUCCCUUUAUUUGCUUCACACAUUCACGACAUUUUAUCAUCUUCAUCCUUCCAUCCUGGCCAAAGGAUCCUCCCUCCCUUUCAUGUUAUCUGCUGUGUGUGUACUGAUAAAAUCAAUAAACAUUAUCUCACCCCAAA